AUGGAUCAGUCUCCAAGUGUUGAGCAACUUUCGAGUUUUUACAGUCCCAAGUCAGUCAAGCUGCUAGUGGAAUCUUUUGGGAUCGAGAAUAAGGAUGGCUUAAGCGAAAUAUGUGAGCGUUUGUCGACGCAUAAGACUUCUGGUAUCGACUCAGAUUCCGUUAGUUCAAGAAUUGAAAAGUAUGGAAGAAACGCUCUCCCGGAACAUGUUCCUAAGACUUUUUGGCAACUGGUGUACGAUGCUUUCAACGAUAAGACUAUGUUGCUGCUGAGUGCAGCAGCCGUCGUGUCUUUUUUGUUAGGGCUCUACCAGUACUUCUUUCAACCUCCUCAGUACGAUCCUGAAGGAAACAAGAUUCCAAAAGUCGACUGGAUUGAAGGUGUAGCUAUCAUGAUGGCAGUUGUCGUGGUUGUCUUUGUCUCGGCGAUUAACGAUUAUCAGAAAGAAUUACAAUUCAUGAAAUUGAACCAGAAAAAGGAAAACGGGAAGAGGAUUAAGAUAGUUAGAAACAAUGGUUCGGCAAUGAUGCUGCCAAAUCACGACCUUGUGGUGGGUGACAUCGUUGAAUUGGCAACAGGGGAUGUUCUACCCGCAGAUUGUAUCUUGAUCACAGGUGAGUGUGAUGUCGAUGAAAGUGCUUUAACAGGUGAGAGUGAUACUAUUAAAAAAUUCCCAUUAGAACAGGCAUUGUCGUAUUUUUUUACUACUGCAAAGAGCAAGUCAACGAAUGUUGUAGAUGAUAAGCAUUUUCCUGAUCCAAUUCUAAUAUCAGGUUCAAAAAUUAUAGCAGGUCUAGGUACUGCACUAGUCACAGCCGUGGGUGUUAACUCAGUUUACGGUAGGACAAUGGUAACCUUAACAAGCAGAACUAACUCGAUAGAGGAUAAUGAAAACGGUUUUGAAGAAGAUGAAGAGCAAACAACACCUCUACAGGAACGUUUAAGCAAGUUGACAGAUCGUAUCUCUGUAUAUGGUUGUAUUGUGGCAAUGUUAUUGUUUUUAGUACUAUUCUUCAAAUUCUUGUACGGAAUAUUCUCGAAGAAUGGUUUUUUCCGUGAUCUUCCUCCCACUGCCAAGGGUAAUAAGUUCUUAAAUAUAUUUAUCACAGCAAUCACAAUCAUCGUCGUGGCUGUUCCUGAAGGUCUGCCGCUAGCUGUCACGUUGGCAUUAGCAUUCGCUACCACAAGAAUGACACAAGAAGGUAACCUGGUUAGAGUACUGAAAUCUUGUGAAACUAUGGGUUCCGCAACAGCAAUCUGUUCAGAUAAAACAGGUACGUUAACAGAAAAUAUAAUGACCGUGACUGAUGCUGUUGUUGGAGGUGAGACAGUCAAAAAUAUAAACGACUUUUCUGAAACUUUGGAAAGAUAUUUAAUAGCUAACAUUACUUUGAAUUCUACAGCAUUUGAAAAUAAUGACUACAUUGACCCUCAAUCUACCGAAAAUCCAUUCAAUAAAAACAAAAAUUCUACAAAUGAUGAACCCAACGUUGCUCCUACGAAUACAAAAGAAAUGUUCAUAGGAUCAAAAACUGAAACGGCUCUCCUCACAUUUGCCAAAAAAUAUUUAAAUUUAAAUCGUUUAGGGAAAUUACAGACACUUCGUAAUGACCCAAGUUCAAAAUUUCCAACUAUCAUAAGUAUUCCUCAAAUAAUAUCUUUCGAAAGUUCAAGAAAAUGGUCUGGUAUAGUUAUUAAGGUUCAUGACGAUAAAACUAACAAACAACUAUUUAGGUUUUAUAUCAAAGGUGCCGCAGAAAUUGUACUAAAAUGCUGUACGCAUGAAACGUUGGCAGAUGGAAGCACUUGCGCUAUUGAUGAUAAAACAUCCAAAAAAAUAUCGAAUACAGUUAAAACUUUUGCAAAUGAAGCUCUAAGGGCAAUUUCAUUAGCUCAUGUUGAUUUUCAUGAUGUAACCAAAUGGCCACCAAAAGACUUGGUAGAUAGAUUACAUUCUCCAGAUGCAAAAGAAGCAAGCCCUGAAUUGAUAUUUAAGCAGUUGAUUGACAGUAGACUGAAUUCCAACGGCUGUGGCUUAACAUUGGAUGGAAUUUUUGGUAUUAAAGACCCUUUGCGUGAAGGUGUUGAUCAAUCUGUUCUCCAAUGUCAAAACUCCGGUAUAGUCGUUAGAAUGGUUACUGGUGAUAAUUUGAUGACGGCUAAAGCAAUUGCAAGAAAUUGUAAUAUUUUAACGGAUGAACAAGCUACUAAUCCAGAAUAUGCAAUGGAAGGUGCAACAUUCAGAAAAAUGUCAAAUGAAGAACGUAGAAGAAUACUUCCUCAUUUAAGAGUAAUGGCUAGAUGCUCUCCAGAAGAUAAGAGAAUCUUGGUUGGAACAUUAAAGUCAAUGGGUGAAAUUGUCGCAGUUACUGGUGAUGGUACUAAUGAUGCGCCUGCAUUAAAAUUAGCUGAUGUUGGAUUUUCCAUGGGAAUUGCAGGAACAGAGGUUGCACGUGAAGCUUCUGAUAUUAUUCUUACAACUGAUGAUUUUGCUUCUAUUGUGAGUGCAAUUAAAUGGGGUAGAUGUGUUUCGCUUUCUAUUAAAAAAUUUAUUCAAUUUCAAUUAACAGUAAAUAUUACAGCUGUUGUUUUGACAUUUGUGUCAGCGGUUCUAUCGCAAGAAGAAAAUUCAGUAUUAACUGCAGUACAAUUACUGUGGGUCAAUCUGAUUAUGGAUACCCUGGCAGCAUUAGCAUUGGCUACAGAUAAACCAGAUGAAAAUAUUAUGAACAAAAAACCAUUAGGUCGCGAUGCAGCCUUGAUUUCAUUUUCCUCUUGGAAAAUGAUUAUUGCUCAGUCAAUAUUACAAUUAAUUGUUACAUUCAUUUUACAUUUCAAUGGACAAGCUAUAUUCUAUGGUGAUCAAGAUGAUGUUUCGGGUAAAGAUCAACAAAGAUUAGAUACUUUAACUUUCAACACUUUUGUUUGGCUACAAUUUUUUACUUUGCUCGUUUCUAGAAAAUUAGAUGAAGCAGAUGGUAUAACUACAUGGAGAGGUAGAUGCACUCUGUCAAAUUUGAACUUUUUCCAACACUUAUUCAGAAAUUACUACUUCAUCGCAAUUUUACUUUUAAUAGGGAUACUUCAAAUUCUAAUAGUGUUAUUUGGUGGUGUUGCAUUUUCAAUUGAAGCUCAAACGAAAGAAAUGUGGUUUACUGCCGUACUUUGCGGGAUGCUCUCUUUACCUAUGGGUAUCUUAGUACGGUUAUGUCCUGACGAAGUUAUUAUAACAAUAUUCCCAGAAAGAGUAGUUGAGAAAAUAAGAUAUGUCAUUGGCCUCGAAUUCCUAACGAUGUUCCAAGAAAAUGACGAUAAAAGUGAAGAUGAAGAAAGUUUAUUGCAAAAUGAGCAGUCUACUUCAUAUGGCACUAACUGA